AAGCAGGAAAACAGCCGCAGAAACGUCGGUGACACUUUGCAGACAUGUUGAGGUUUUUGGUCUUGACAACUUUGACAGCCCUGGUGCUGGCUGAGCUGGAGCCCCAGCCCAGGUAUCUGGAGGACACCUCGGAGAGGGUGGUAGGAGGCGAGGUGGCACGGCCCAACUCCUGGCCCUGGCAGAUUUCUCUUCAGUACAAAUCUGGCAGCAGAUUCUACCACACCUGCGGGGGAACGCUCAUUGAGAGAGGCUGGGUCAUGACCGCUGCUCACUGCGUGGACAGACAAAGGACGUGGCGUGUGGUUCUUGGCGAGCACGACCUGAACAGCAACAGCGGCAGGGAGCAGGUCAUGAGCGUCAGCCGUGUUUACGUCCAUCCCAGAUGGAAUUCUAACAACGUGGUUGGCGGCUACGACAUCGCCCUGCUGCGCCUGUCUGGCGAGGCCUCCCUCAACUCCUACGUGCAGCUGGGCUCCCUGCCCCCUUCCCAACAGAUCCUGCCCCACAACAACCGUUGCUACAUCACCGGAUGGGGACGCACCUCCACCGGCGGCAACCUGUCCCCGCAACUGAAACAAGCCCACCUUCCCUUGGUGGGCCGCGAGACCUGUACAAGCUCCAGCUGGUGGGGCAGCAGCAUCAAGACCACCAUGGUGUGUGCCGGUGGUGCUUCUGAGUCCGGAUGCAACGGCGACUCCGGCGGCCCUCUCAACUGCCUGGUGAGUGGAAAAUACUACGUACACGGUAUCGCCAGCUUUGUGUCCGGCUACGGAUGCAACGCUCUCAGGAAGCCCACCGUCUUCACUCGCGUUUCCGCCUACAUCGAAUGGAUGGACUCAAUCAUGAUGUAAACAAAAGCAGAAGUCCAAGAAGCAGAGCAUCAACUGUUGUUGUUCAAAAUAAAGGUCAUUCAUAUCACUUUGA